GUCCAACUUUUUUUUAUGAAGUUGAAGACCGCAUUCAAAAAUGCCCGCUCGAUAGCCCCGCUGUACACCUCUGGGCCCGUGGCGGUUGCGCAAAAUGGGACGAGAAUCGUAACCUGCAUCGAAGAAACCGCUUUACUGACAGAUGUGGCGACGGGCGAAGAGAUAUGUCGGUUUGCCAGUGAUACUGAGCCUAUCACAUCGUUGUCGCUUUCACCCAAACAUCUGGUGGUAUUCACUUCCGCGUUGGCGCUGCGAGUCUUCGAACUCCCUUCCGAGCCGACCAAAAAGCCCGUCCAACCAAUCCGCGCGAUUCCCCGUGCCCACGAAGCCCCUGUUCACGUUUGCAAGAUCGACCCAACGAAUACGUACAUCGCGUCUGGUUCUGCCGAUGGUGUUGUGAAAGUCUGGGACAUUUUGCGCGGGUUUAUCACCCAUGUCUUCAAAGGGCAUGGAGGGGUUGUCAGUGCUCUGGCGUUUGACUUUCGUGUCGAUCCGUCCUCUGUCGGUCUUCAGCGCUCAAUGCGGCUCAUAACAGGUUCAGUCGACACAAGAGUCCGUAUCUUCGAGCUUACGGAUGGUGCAUCAAGAACUGAAGGGGGCCAAAAACCAAUCGCAGUCCUCGAAGGUCACGAUUCCGUUCCUCGAGGCCUCGAUGUUUCGCAAGAUGGCAAAUGGCUCGUUAGUGGCGGACGAGAUUCUGUGGUUCUUGUCUGGGACUUGUCUCCAAUGCAGAAACAAACAGGAAGUAAGGCAGCUACCAAAGGCAAAAAUAAGGCGGUUACGCCAACACUAGCCAGAACGCUUCCCAUUUUGGAACGUGUUGAAGCGGUUGGGCUUCUUCACCCCGACGAAGAUCUCGCUGGUUCAACCUCUUCUUCCGAUCAGUUGAGGAUCUAUACCGGAGGGGAGAAUGGGGUUGUCAAAAUUUGGGACGCGCGAGAAGGAAACGUGUUAUUCACUCUUGGCGCUGAGCAAACUGACACCAAAAUAUCCGACGAGAACGAAGCGCAGAGGCAGAUUGUGGAUGUGAUCUACCUACCUGCCACGUCCUCGAUUAUCUCUGUUCAUGCGGACCAGAACAUCAUGUUCCAUUCCCUGUCGACAAAGUCACUAACUCGCCAGCUGAUUGGCUUCAACGAUGAGAUCGUCGAUGCAAGGCUGCUCUCAACCCAACAAAAGCGCGAUUCAUAUCUCGCACUGGCCACAAACUCAUCUUUGCUUCGAGUAUACUCAGUCUCUGGCUUUGACGCAAGACUGCUCGAAGGCCACACCGAAAUCGUACUCUGCGUUGACCAUGGAGUCAAUGGGACGAUCCUUGCCAGCGGAAGUAAGGAUCGGUCUGCUCGAAUAUGGGCACCUCUCCAGACUGAUGACGAGUCGUGGGGAUAUGCCUGUGUCGCCGUUUGUGAAGGCCACGCUGAAAGUGUUGGUGCCAUUGCUCUUUCGCGACAAGCUGGAACGCCAGAAACUACUGAAACCCAUCCCAAGUUUGUGUUCACUGGCAGUCAGGACCGAACAAUAAAGUUGUGGGACCUUGGCGAUGUUCCAUUGGUGUCUGAAGCUGAUACCGAACCGGUCAAAUGCAAGAGUCUAAUUACGCUCAAGGCACAUGACAAGGAUAUCAAUGCGCUCGAUGUGUCCCCCAACGAUAGGUUCCUCGUUUCAGGAUCACAAGACCGAACGGCAAAUGUCUAUGAAAUCGAAUAUUUCUCUGGGACAGGGGGCCGAGCGUCGCGCGGUGGCCUGAAGCUGGUUGGUACUUGCAAAGGGCACAAACGCGGGGUCUGGACGGUCAAGUUUGGCCGCGCCGAGCGUGUUUUGGCAACUGGAAGUGGCGAUAAAACAGUCAAGUUAUGGAACUUGGACGACUUCACGUGUGUCAAAACGUUCGAAGGCCACACUAAUUCGGUUUUGAGGGUUGACUUUUUGACGGCGGGGAUGCAACUCGUCAGCUCUGGAUCGGAUGGGUUAGUGAAGGUCUGGAAUAUCAAAGACGAAGAAUGUGCCGUAACCCUGGACAACCACCAAGAUAAGGUGUGGGCGCUGACUGUUAGCCAAGACGAGACCACCAUUGUCUCCGCAGCUGCUGACUCAGUUGUCACCUUUUGGGAAGACUGCACGGAAGCGCAAGAAGUGGAAAAAGAAUCAAAACGUGCUGACCUGGUGCUCAAAGAACAAGACUUCCUCAACUAUCUGGAGCUUAAUGACUACCGGCGCGCAAUUCUGCUAGCCAUCUCUAUGAGUCAACCGGGGAGACUGUACAACCUGUUCAACGAUAUCCGCCAAUCUCCCGAUGAGUCUCCAGUUUCAAUUACCGGAAACCUUGCCGUAGACGAGGUUAUCCGUACCUUAGCCGGGUCUGACCUUGCCAAACUGCUUCGCUAUGUGCGUGACUGGAAUGCGUCUGCAAAGACGAGUACGGUUGCGCAAGGGGUUUUAUUCGCAGUGAUGAAGCUUCGGGCGGCGGACGAUGUGAUGGGAGCUUUCGACGAGGAGGUGAAUGAAACGGCGGUGAUGGAGGGUAAAGAGAAGGGUGUGGGUGGGACAGCGCUUAAGGAAAUGGUCGAGGCCCUGAUUCCUUAUACGGAACGACAUCUCGCGAGAAUGGACCGAUUGGUACAGGAGAGCUAUAUGAUUGACUACGUUCUGGCAGAAAUGGACGAUGGGUUGUUUGAGGAAGGGAUGCUUUUGGAUGAAUGA